AAACUAACCUCAAAAUUUUUCUAUAAUUAGUUUUCAAAUAUUUUUAAAUUUGUUCCGGAUUUACCGAUGAAUUAACGACAUGACGACCACUAAUUUGUUCCGAAAAUGCUUUUUGAAGCUUAAUGGCGCUACAAUUAGAAAUUUAAGUAAAGUUAGUAAUAGAUCUGCUUUAAAGCAACAUCCAUCGUUUUACUAUAUACUGGGUGGAACAACCACAUUACUUAUAGCUUAUAAAUUCAAGUCGCUUCAGAAGGUUUACACUGCUCAUAGUGCCCACUCGAAAGAUGAAGAUGUAAAGGUUGUUAAAUUGACUGCUAGGGAGAAAAGAUUCAUCAGAUUCGCUUCGGUAGAAUACAAUGGCCAGUUGUACAUGACACCUCAGGACUUCCUAGAAUCCGUAAUAGAGGCAGAACCAAGACCGAAAUUGAAACGAAAAAUUUUAAACCAGAAAGAACUGGAGAAAAUUAAGGAGGCAACGCCACCUUUGAGCCAAGGUUCGCCAAGGUUAUUUCGAAGUCUUAGAGACAAAGGGAUUAUUUCAUACACAGAAUAUUUAUUUCUUCUGUCUGUAUUAACAAAGCCCCAGUCUGGUUUCAGGAUUGCUUUUAAUAUGUUUGAUACGGAUGGUAACCAAAGGGUUGAUAAAAACGAGUUUCUUGUGAUAAGAAAACUAUUGGCAGGCAAAAAAUUCGAAGACCAUGCAUCAAUGGAGAAAAUAUUCAGUCAUGCUUGGAAGGGCAAAAGAGGAAUGAGCAACGACCCGGCAAACGAUAAAAAUGCAAUCCAAGAGCAGUAUGUAGACGAUGAACAAGGCCUUCAGAGAAGACACAACGUCGAUACAACACUCAUAGUACAUUUUUUUGGACCCAAGGGCAACAGCGACCUCAACUUCGAGAGUUUCAGAAAAUUUAUGCUGCACUUGCAGACGGAGGUGUUGGAAUUGGAAUUCAACGAGUUCUCCAAAGGUCUUCCAACAAUAUCUGAAAUAGAUUUUGCCAAAAUUCUGUUGAGAUAUACUUACUUAGAUACCGAUGCUUACGAUAUGUACCUUGACCGGUUAUUAGAUAGGAUGAAAGACACCAAAGGUAUCACGUUCGAAGAAUUCCACGUUUUCUGCCAGUUCCUCAAUAAUCUGGAGGAUUUCACGAUCGCCAUGAGAAUGUACACUCUAGCAGAUCAUCCGAUAUCAAAAGAUGAAUUUCAUAGAGCUGUAAAAAUAUGCACUGGUACUAACUUGAGCCAACAUUUAGUGCAUACUGUCUUUGCCAUUUUCGACGAUGACGGUGAUGGCCUUUUGAGCUACCGAGAGUUUAUAGCCAUUAUGAAAGAUCGCUUACACAGGGGUUUUAAGUCUUAUGCCAAAAAUGAAGGAUGGGAGGCGUUUAAAACCUGCAUCAAGCAAGAAAUGAAGGCGCCUGUUUAGACGCCUGCUGGACGUUUUAAUUUAAUAUAAGUUUGAAUCUCUAUGCACUAGCUUUUUUGCUUGAACCAAAAAAAUUGUGAUAAUUUUAUUCGGUGCCAUUAUGUUAUAGGUCAUAUAGGGCUGUUUUUGUUAAAUUUUAGCUUUGGAAUGUUUAUAUUGUUAUACUAGUCAUGAUGUAUAAGGAAAACCAGAAUGGUAAUUAAUUUUUGUUGGCCUUAUGUACCUUUAAAAAAAAUGAUUUUGUUAUUGCUUUAGUUGCGCUUAAUAUGUACUUAAAUUAAUUUUAUGAAUUAUUGCUAGUCAAAUAUUUUCUCAGUGAUUUAGAUCUGAAAAUUGUACCUAUUGUUGUUAUCUGAUGCGAAUAAAAUGUUUUCGA